GAGCAGGUUGCAGAGGAGCAACAGGAGGACAUGGGCAACAAUGGAAACACACUCCUCACCUGUGAAAGAAUGGGCAUUUACUGUGAUGAACAUGAAGCCGAAAGCUGAAUCACAUGCCUAAAAAAGAGGCUCGAGUCUUCUGUUUGCAGUCUGCUUAGAGGUUCGCCAUUUCUUCGGAUUAUCUUUUCAUCUGCUUGUUGUCACAAUAGGAAGACAGUGGCUCUUAAAUCCUUUUCAGGGCUGCUUUGGGCAACAUGAGGGUAAGCAGUGGUGCUGUAAUAACUUCCAUGUUGGUCAACAAGGGAGACUUUUGAGUGUGAAGGAGUCAGGGAACCAUGAAGAUGCAAUACCUGGAGCUGCUACUGAGGACCUCACCCUCUCCUCUAGUAAGGAAUUCGGCACUUCCCCCAAACCAUGAGCAACGUGGACUAUUGCACGCCUCAUCCUUCACGUCGGCACAACCCCGUGGAAAGCAUUUGCCGCAAGCUUCAGACCAUCCAGUGGUGUGGUGACAGGGAACCCAAUUCACCCUUCCAGAUCCCUAAACUCUCUUCCAGCAGUUACGACAGCCCUCAGUCCGGCCUCAGGCACAACCUGGAAGCCAUUCUGAAGAAAGGAGCCGUCCUCAGAGACGAGGAGGAAAGGGUUAAAGGGAUGGGGAUGCCAAGCUCCCACAGCAGUGGCCUUGGUUCCUACGUACCCCUCUCAUCUCCCAAAUGCAAUCCAUCCACACCAGCUAAUGUCACAUACACAAUCACAAGCACUCUGGGAGAGAUGAGAGGUGCUGAUGGGAGUGAUUUAAAACAUGUGAGGACAUGGCAGAGGUAUUGUUCAACACCCACAGGCCAGUCCAGGGACUCCCCUUAUUUCACGUUCACCCGAGGGCCAAACCCGGCGCAGUCUGAGAGCGACAGCCAGAGCUCGAGCUUGAGUCCUCCUCUGUCCCGCACUUUCACGUCGAGGAACAGCAUCCUCUCCUACAACGUGAACUUCUGCUCUGCAGACGCAGCGAACUCGGCAGAGUGUGAACUGCCCUACCCCGCACUGGUUGUGAAAAGACUUUCCAUGGGAGAUGGAGCUCUUUCAGGAAUGUCGAUUAACUCUGAAAAUGGAAGAAACAUGGCAGAAAUCAGCCUCAUCUGCGAAGAGAAUCUGCUCGAUACCAUAUUUCAUGCUUGUGACACCCAGCGCAGAGGUAAAGUGUACGUGUCUCAUAUUGUCAACUACCUGCGUCACACAACCAGUCGAAGCUCUGAAGACAGUGGACUGGAGGAACUUUGCAACAUGCUGGACCCAGAACAUAAAGACGUGUCCAUUGAUCUGGACACCUACCACGCUGUCAUGAAGGAGUGGAUAGAUGACUGCCGCAAUAGCAGAGAAGUCUCAGCAGAGAACCACAUCCAGGAAGACUCAGUUAAACUCAAAGAUGGUGCCUCUGCCCGAAGGUCUAUGUUGCUAAAUAUGACAUCGGGAAGCUUGGAGGCCUUUGGUGGAGAGGCAUCUAGAGUGGAAUUUGAAACAUCAGAGCUGGUAUAUUGUGUUGCUGAUCUUCAAAUGAGCAACCAAAAGCUUCAGGAAGAGGUACGGAAGCUGAAGCAGGUGGUGGAGAGCAUGGAGGAGAGCAACCAGAAACUGGCAGAGGAAAACGAGGACCUACGCAAUCAAGCCAGGCUAAACCAACAGCUUACACAGAAGGAGAAGAUGCUGAAAGAAGAGGUGGAAGAGAUGAAGGCAACAUUGAGCUGUACAGAAGAAGGGAGAGCUCGCGCCUCGGCACACAGCAAGCGUAUGGAGAGAGAAAAUCAGAGCCUGAUUGCCCAGAUUGCAUCCCUUCAGGAAGAGAACUUUAAGAUCACCAUGGAGACAGACGAGCUCCAGAACAAAAUAAGGGAGCUGUGUGACUUUAACGCUGACCUUCAGCUGCAAAAUCACUCCUUUGAUGCCGUCAUUGGUGAAAAAGAAUCUAUUAUUGUGGAGAAGAACAGACAGAUAAAUGAGCUGAAGGCAGCAGUCGAGGAAUAUUCUGCCAUCACAGAGCUGCUGAGGAAGGAUAAAAACAAGCUUGAGACCCAAAUACAGAUGAUUCUUCCAGAUCUCGCUGGGGCUAGUAUGGCUUUGUCAGUGGCUUACAGAUUAAACCAGAGCAGUCUGGGAUCCCUACAGACAGAACUGGCUCUGGCACAGUCACCACUGGAGACUUCUGCUGGAGUGAACUAUUUGUCCACUACAAUGACCACGGCCUCUUCGCUGGACGAAACGCUGGACAGAGAGGUGUUGCUGAUGCUGCAGGGACCCAACACUGAACAUGUAGCUGUGGAGUACAAGAGUCUCUUAAACAAACUGAAAAGAGAUUUCAAAGAAGAAGCCACCUGCGUCUUAUCUGCAGUUCAAAACAUGAUGGAUAACCACACAAAGUCAAACAGCAACAGCGACCUUGAUCUUCAGACGGUGCAGGCUGAGCUCGAUGCUAGGAGGGCAGACUGGGCUGUCGGCUUGGACCAGCUGGCUCAGUACACUGACUCAUUAGAAAAGGAGCUGAUCAAAAUGGCCAGCAACAUGAGGAGAUCCCGCACUGAGAUCCUCCACCUUUCAGUCAGGGUGCAGGAGCAGGAGAACCAGAAGCGGCAGCUGUGCGAGGAACUGGAGCAGCUAAAGAUAUCUCAAGACAGCAGAGAGGCCUCAUGCCAAACACCUGCACCAGAGGAGGAGGAGGAGCCUGACUUGGACUGGGAUGAAGAGUUUGCUCUACAGGACUUCUUGAAAAAUGAACUAGCAGAGGGGAACUGCUGGGUGCAGGAUGGGAAAAGAGACUGCAGCCCUGAGGAAAAAACUGACUAUUCGCCAGAGAGAGUUGAAGAAGAGGACGGGGAGAAAAAGUGGACAGUAGUGGACACAGUUGGGGAAGGAGAAGUGAGAGAUACAUCAACUCCUCUUUCCUCCGUCUGCACAGAUGUUCAACCUGAUCAGAGCAUAUCUGAGGGAAGACAAGAUUUUGGAGCCUGCACACAAUCAGAACCUGAGGUCAUUUGUCAACCUUUGCAGAAGGCGGCAGCAGUACCACUGAGCGCCCACUCACAGGCUGUCGGCAUAACACACCCAGAGGCGGUUGCUCUCCCUGAUCUGUCCCACUCAGGAAACACAGGUGAAGAGACAAGUGAGCUUCCAGAGUUCAACUCCGGCCUUCCAGCUCAAGCUCUAAACUCACCGGCUGAACAGGAUCACAGCUCCAAGCCUCUUGAUUCAGCUGCUGCAGAAGCAGACAUGGCUUCUGCAAGCGACGCGUCACCUGGAAUAGAUGAGAAGAUUCCCCAGAGCGACAGCAUCCUGUCAACCGGUGAGGAUCCCAGGCAAGAAGAAGAGAAAGAAAACGAGCUAGACGCAAGCGCAGCAGACAUGAGCCGGCAUAAGAGCCUUAGUCGUGACCCGUCAGGAGAUAAAUCAGCAGCUGAGGACAGCACAAGUCUCUUACCUGUGCUGGUAGAGGAAGAAGAGAUGGUUAAGGAUGAUAUGCCUGAUGGUCAAGCUCUUCCAACCAGCAUGGCAGCGAUGAACCAGCUCACAAGCAAUGGGCCAGACACCUCUGAGAGCGGCUCUCCUAAGUCAGAAUCACAGAUCGGACCAAACAACCAAUCAGGAGGUAGAAAAGGCAGCACAUCCUCUAACCUCCCCUUUUCACAGAAUCUGGCACACAUCAUGGAUGCUGUUGAGAAGAACCAUAUCCAGGAUGAACCAAGUGAGAUCAGCCUGGCCCCUAGGAGACAAUCGGAUUCAUCCGUGACCUCUGACUCCAACGAUGUUUUCAAAGAUGACAGGAACAGCUCAUCUCCUACUGAUAAGGAGAUUGAGGCAGAGUUCCAGCGCCUCGCACUGGGAUUCAAAUGUGACAUGUUCACCCUGGAGAAAAGGCUCCGAUUGGAGGAGAGGUCGCGUGACCUCGCAGAAGAAAAUGUUCGCAGAGAAGUGUCCAGCUGCCAAGGCUUGUUGCAGGCUCUCACUCCUUUGUGUGAAGAUGACAGCCAGUCGAUGGAGAUCAUCCAGAGGCUCCAGAAAAACUUAGAUAUUCUCAUCCAGUCCAUGACCAGAGUGUCCAGUCGCUCUGAAAUGCUUGGAGCUAUUCACCAGGAGAAUCGUAUUGGUAAAGCGGUGGAGGUGAUGAUCCAGCACGUUGAGAACCUGAGGAGGACGUACACGAAAGAACAUGCUGAGCUGCUCGAGCUCAGAGAGGCGCUCAUGCAGAGUGAGAGAUCGUUUGGCUCACAAACACAAAAAGAUGAUUUCCGUGGCAAGAAGCCGCCAUUUAAAUACACGCCGGAAAGAUCCAGAAGAGUCAGCAUGGUUCCUAUUGGAACCUUUCACUUUGAUAUGCCCAGAAUGGGUCAAGACGGCCCAGAGAGUGAAAUAGAGAGGUUGACCAGGAGAUCCCCGUGGAAUGUGGCAGGGAAGAGCAUGACACGGCCGCCGCUAAAGCGGUUUGUUAGCUCUGCGGCCUGGGUUGACACUGAAGACCCCCCUGACAUGACCAAGGGGCCGUCCUGCAGCAGCGCAGACUGCCAGUCGGACGACGAGCCGAAGGAGGCGGUGGUGGAGGAAAGGAGGAGGUCCAGCCUCACUGAGCUGGGCCAGAAACUCACCUCUCUCCUUCUGCCCCAGAAGACGUUAGUGAAACCAAAAGAACACCAGCAGCUUCCUGAAGCACUACUGUCUGCGAGCCAAAUGAGUCAGGAUGAACUGUUUGUCAUGCUUCCAAGUCCUUCGUCCAGCCCCACAACUACAGAGCCUGGAGUUCCUCAGUCUGUUUCCCAAAACCUGACCAGUUCCAAGGCCUCGGCGGCAGCAGUGGCCAGAGGAAGCAGAGGGCUCUGGCUGUGGUUUGCUAUUGUGGUGGUGUUAGCAGGCCUUCUUGCACUCCUGUUCAGUUUGGUGACGCAGCCAGCCGUCGACGCAGCGCCGGUGGGAACAGGAGACUCUUGGAUGACCAUCCAGCAGCUGCUGUGGCCUUACACUGGGCUCCGGCAUAACGGACAGCCACCUGUGUAGACGGUGUACCGUGAGGCGGGUGGUUCUUGAGCCCCUCAACCCCUCUGCAGUACGUCUCCUCACACUAGCGUGGUGACGACGGAAAGUUUGCCACUCCUGAGCAGAGACUGUUGGGACGUUUACUGGUGCCUCAAUUUUCCUGAAUCAAGAGUUGCAUUAACAGUAGAGGCCAGGCCUUGAGGCUGGGAAGGAUGGUCAACCGUAUAGAUGACUUUUUUAUUAUUAUUAUUAUGUAUCGGAUCAUGUUUGCUAAUUUAGUCUGUGUUUCUGCUCGUCUCUGUUUACAGGAGAGGUUGUGCUGACCAGUGUUUUUACCACUGGGCAACCUGAAAACAUGAAGGUUUUGAUCAGUACUGCUGGAAACAGCUGAUCAUGACAUAACGCAUUCAGUUAAAUCAUGAUGUGUCAAAAAGAGCUAGCAUAGCUCUGACCAAUUAUGUCACACUGAGGAAUGAUGGCACAAGUGUGUUGAAGCACAUUUCAUUUGCUUAGAAAACUACAAAUGUUUUAAUAGAUUUUUUAUUUAACUUUCUGGUAACAGAACAUAACAGUUGACUUAGCUAUAUUGAUAUAAGCUGAAGUCUACAAACACUGGCUGUGAGUUUAUUUUAUUUAGUUUGAAAUGUAUACAAUUAUUAGCUUUGAGUGAAGAGAGAUGGAUCUUUUUACUUCAGAGCUAAACAUCACCAGGUACUGAUAUUGUAAUUGUUAUUGAUUAAAGACGAAUGUUUUUUUUCUUCUUUUUUUUUUUAGGUUGAACACCGUUGUUUGUUGUUUUCUUUUUCUUUAAGUUUGAACACCAACUUAAUUUGUUUUUACUCAAUUUCUUUCUGUGGCUCCCAAAGUUUAAUUGAAUACACUUUUGUAUGUCCCAAAGAGGAUGCAUGGAUCUUUGCACAAAUAAAGUAGCCUAUUCUGCAACGACA